AUGGCAACUCAUACCUUUCUCGUCACCGGAGCUUCGUCUGGUUUUGGUUUAGAAAUCGUUCAUGCCGCGCUUAAAGCAGGACAUAAAGUCAUUGCGGCAUGUCGGAAUCCGGAUCUGGCAGCAGAGAAAUCGCCCGCAGUAUCCCAGCUCGGUGGCCGAUGGCUUAAACUUGAUGUGACUGACGCGAAUACGGAAAUCAUUGUGCGGGACGCAGUCCAGCAAUACAAUAUUGACAUCUUGAUAAACAAUGCAGGAUAUGCCAUGCUCGGAUCUCUGGAAGAAAUGAGCCUGGCCGAGUUCAACUCAGAAUUGCAGACAAACACAGUUGGUGCAGUUCGGUGUAUCAAAGGUGCACUGCCGCUGUUUAGAAGCAAUGAACGAGGCACCAUCGUGAACAUCAGCAGUGCCGCAGCUCAUUACGCCGCACCAGCCUGCACAGCGUAUGCCGCGUCCAAGUUCGCAUUGGAAGGCCUCUCCGAAGCACUGGCCAGCGAGGUCGGAGUGUUUGGAAUAAAAGUCAUUGCUGUUACACCAGGUGCAUUCCGGACUAACCUGGUCUCGAACCUCAUAACACCAGAGUCGCACAUCAGGGCCUAUGACGGUACGCCAGCCAGGGAGCUCGUCAAGCUGCAGAUUGACUCAAAUGGCAAACAGACGGGAGACCCUGUUAAAGCAGCACAAAAGGUUCUGGAAGCGUCGAUUGAAGUGGCCGGCGGCGUAAGAGGCACAUCUGCAGAUGGUGAACUCAUCCGCCUUGUCCUAGGCACAGAUGCCGUAGGUGCAAUGCAGCACAAGAUCGGUGUUUUACAAGACACUUUGCAGAAGAUGCGGGACAUUGCAAAGAGCACUGACAUUCACUAA